AUGGCCACCCAUCCCGUCGAGUUCAACGUCUCGGGCGACUUCUCCGUCCAGCGCAAACCAGAGCUGUGCACCAUUAACAUUUCCGUCCAGCUCGAAGGCCCCGACCCAGCCUUUGUGAGCGCCAAAGUCACGACCAAGAUGAACGAACUGGUCGCGGAACUCCGUGCUCUGGCACCCCCCAACCACGGGGCCGAGGUGGAUGGCCAACUCGUCAUCGACAGCGCUUUCCCCGUGACCAACUGGUCCGCCCAGAGCGUCACCACGUCGGUGUGGACGGACCGCAAACCCCAACCCCCACCCCGUGCUGAGUUGGCUAGGACGGCGGCGCCUGGCGAACAGCAGUGGGUCGAAAAGAUUGUCCACCAUGCGCGCGCAACCGCCGAAGCGACGUUCCACAACUUUGAGGCCUUGGGCGACUUUGCCGCCCGAGUUGCAGCUCAGGAUCUCGCCAAGGUCGACGGACUGUCAUGGGACGUUGCCCCUCUCACUCGCAAGUCCCUCCAGACCUCGGUCCGCCAGGAAGCACUCCGCGACGCCAUCGCCAAGGCGCGCGACUAUGCCCAGGUCAUUGGUGGGCCCGACGCCAAUGUUCGCGUCACCGAGGUCAACGACAGCGGCGGUCCCAUCUAUCGCCAAAACAAGGCCGCCUUUGGCGUUGCCGCGUUUGCCUCUGGCGGUCACCAGCCGGAGCGUAUCAACUUUGAGCCUGCGCCCGUCGAUAUUUCGGCAAACGUCAUGGUCAAGUGCGUCCUUGCUUAG